AUGAUCUUCCGCUCGCGCCACCCCACGCUCCCCAUUCCGGACGACGCUUCCAUCUGGAAGGUGGUCGAGAGUCACGCACGCUCCAUCGGCAGCAAGAAAGCCUUCGUCUGUGGCAUCACAGAAAAGUCGCUCACAUUUGCGGAGCUACUUGAACAGUCGAAAAAAGUGUGCGCAGGACUCGCUGCCAAUGGCUUCAAGAAGGGCGACGUCGUCAUCUUGCACUCUUUCAACUGCCUCGAGUACGUUGUGGUCUUUCUUGCACUCAACCGCCUUGGAGCCAUUGUGUCUCCGUCCUCGCCACUUUUCAAUGGCAAGGAAUUGGCUGACCAGAUCGAGAUCGCUGAAGCGGUUGCAGUCAUUUCGCACCAGAAAUUCGCCAAAGGGGCAGUGGAGGCCGCGGGACUACGUCGUAUGCCACUCUCGCAAGUGUACACCCUCGGUCAAGCUGGAGGGCCUACAGGACUCAAGUCUAUUGAAGGGCUUAUUGCCCAGAACUUGCCAUUCCCGAGCCUCCCUCCAAUUAAUACCAACCAAGUGGUGACACUACCGUUCUCUAGCGGUACUACCGGCCGUCCUAAGGGGGUGGAGCUGACGGCACGUGCAAUGUACGCGUGUGGCAUCCUACCGGCGUACCGUGAAGAUGAUGUCGAGUACGUGUUGGGGAUGUUGCCGUUCUUCCACAUUAUGGCUACAAUGAUCUUCCAUGUCACCAUCUACAAAGGCGCAACCAUGGUCGUGUUGCCCGGGUUCGACCCUGAAACUUUCCUGCGUACUGUAGCCAAGUACAAAAUUACGAAGUUGAACCUCGCUCCGCCUCUUAUUACGUUUUUGGCUAAACACCCGAUUAUUGACAAAUACGACCUCUCGCACGUGACUCACGUGGGCUCAGGAGGAGCACCUUUGGGUAAGGAGGUGGAGCACGCAGUCAUGCAACGACUGGGGAUCCAAGUGCUGCAAGGUUACGGUAUGACGGAGUUCGCUGGGUGUGCUUCGAGCUCGUACCCGACUAUCUACCGUGAUGGCGCUUCUGGUACGCUACAUCCGAACACGGAGUUGAAGGUGAAGCACUUGGAGACGGAUGAAGAUCUGGGUGUGAACGAAACUGGAGAGCUGCUAUUCCGUACCCCCGCGCUGAUGAAGGGUUACUUCAAGAACCCCGAGGCUAACAAGGUUACGUUUACUGCAGAUGGCUUCGUCCGCACUGGAGAUGUUGGGUACAUUGAUAAAGAUGGCUACAUCUUCAUUGUUGAUCGACUCAAAGAGUUGAUCAAAUAUAAGGGACACCAAGUGGCACCCGCAGAGGUGGAGGACGUGGUCAACUCCCACCCAAAAGUUGCGGACUCUGGUUGUGUUCGAGGUUUCGACCCUGCUUGGGGGGAGGAAAUCCCCAAGGCAUUCGUGGUGCUGAAGGAGGGUGAAAAAUUAAGUGAGAAAGAACUCAUGGAAUACGUGGCAGGAAAAGUCACGGGCUACAAACGAGUGCGUGAAGUGGAGUUCAUCGACGUCAUCCCCAAGAGUCUGUCAGGUAAAAUCCUCCGUCGUGAGCUGCAGAUCCGUCAGAACGAAAAGAUCAAGGCGGUGCAAAGUCGUCUGUAA